AGAUCCUUCUCUAAUUCUUAUCGCCGGAUCUGCAAAAAAACCACACAUCAAUCAAUGGAACAAGAUCCGAUUCUAUCUCCAUCUCCAUACGAUCUUCUCUUCCAAGCUCUAUCACUAAUCCCAAUUCGUCACUACCUCAUCGCUCUCUUCCUUCUCUGGACCAUCUUCUUCUACAAUUUCCUCGAAUUUCACUUCAUUGGGGACACGAUUCUUCGAUACUUCAGAUGUCGCGUCAAUCUCAUUUAUAAUCCAGAUUCUCCUCUUUAUCACGGUGUUGUUUCACGGUGUCGGAUACUUCACGGCCGAUAUGUGGCGACGCCAUGGUUAGCGAGUCCUCAUAUUCAGACUUGUUUCUUGAAUUUUCAUGGAUUGCCUCCAGUUUUCAGCUAUAGAAGGCAGCUAUUUCUUGCUUCUGAUGGUGGAACGAUUGCAUUGGAUUGGGUUACGAAUUCUGAUGUUCUUGAUGGUGGUUUUCAAAAUCAGAGUGAGAUUACAAAAGAAGAUACAACGCCUAUUGCAGUUGUUAUUCCAGGGUUAACUAGUGAUUCUUCAUCUGCAUAUUUAAAGCAUCUUGCUUACAACACUGCAAAAACAGGUUGGAAUGUUGUUAUUAGCAACCAUAGAGGAUUGGGUGGUGUUUCUGUUACUUCAGAUCGCUUUUAUAAUGCUGGAUGGACAGAGGAUAUACGGGUGGUUCUUGGUUAUCUUCAACAAAAGUACCCGAGAGCUCCUCUCUUUGCUAUUGGAACUAGCAUUGGAGCAAAUGUUCUGGUCAAAUACCUUGGGGAAGAGGGUGAAAGGACUCCUCUGAGGGGUGCUGUAGCUAUUUGCUCUCCAUGGGACCUCUUGAUUGGUGACAGGUUUAUUUGUCGGACGUUGAAACAAAAGCUCUACGACAAAGCUCUCACCAUCGGACUCCAAGGUUAUGCCCAAUUGCAUGAACCUCAGUUUUUACGGCUUGCUAAUUGGGAAGGCAUCAAAAAGUCACGUUCCAUCCGCGAUUUUGACAACCAUGCUACCUGUCUAGUUGGAAAAUUCGAGACUGUGGAUACGUAUUACCGAAAAUCGAGCAGUACUCAAUAUGUAGGAAAUGUGGCAGUGCCGCUACUCUGUAUAAGUGCUUUAGAUGAUCCAUUAUGCACAAAGGAAGCUAUUCCCUGGGACGAAUGCAGGGCAAACAAAAACAUUGUCUUGGCUACAACAAAUCACGGGGGACAUCUAGCGUUCUUCGAAGGAUUAACUGGAUCUAGCUUAUGGUGGGUUCGAGCCACCAACGAGUUUCUUGGCGCCCUUAGCUGCAGUCGUUAUAUGCAUAUACAGAAAAUUGAAGAUAAAAGAAGCUUAGGAUCAGGGAAACAAGAGCCUUCGAUAAACCAAGGCCCGUACUUAAACAUUGCAGAAGACGGGUUGGUGGCAGCAGUCAAGUACGAGCAAGACACCAAUAAGACCAUAUCGAAGCAGAGAAGACCAAAGCCUGAGGAAGAUGUAACAAAGAGAAGCUUUAAGGAGCUGUGUAGGCAGACAAACCGGUCGACAAUGGAAGAAAUAAGAUCGGCGAUGGAGAAGCAAAUGGAUCUCGUAGCGGAUCUGGUUGAGAAACUCUCCGGAGAGCUCCGAACGGGGUUCCAACCUGCUUACGAUAAUUUUCUUGGGUUUUUCCACGCCAUUGAUUGGAAGGAACCUUGGAUUAUGGGUUUAAUGGCGUUUCAUGCUUUGUUGCUACUGGUGACUCUUCUUUCUAGAAGGCAUCUCAACUUUCAUAUGUUUCUCUUCUUAUUGGCUUUGGCUGGGGUAUACUUUGCAGAGAAUCUCAACCGGGAGUUGAGAAAAAACUGGAAGAGCUUCUCAACUCAAAACUACUUUGACUCGCAAGGAGUCUUCCUAUCGGUUCUCUGGUCUGGACCACUUUUGGUCAUUGCAAUGAUAAUCCUGAUAAACACACUGUUUUCGCUUUGCUACCUAAUCGUAAAGUGGAAAAGAGCUGAGCUCAGGCAUCGCGCAAGGCUUGCUCACGUAGCCAUGGAGGAGGAGCAACGAGUUCCGGAGAAGACGAUCCCCGUGUUCACCGUUCUGAAAAACGGCGCGAUUCUCAAGAAUAUCUUCGUUGUGAACAGUCGCGAUUUCUCGUCGCCGGAGAGAAUCGGUUCCACUGUAAGCGAUGAUGACGACGAAGUAGAGGAGAUUCUCGUCGUCGGUCGUCAUCCAGAUUGUGAUAUUCUUCUUACGCACCCUAGCAUUAGCAGAUUCCAUUUAGAAAUCCGUUCGAUCUCUUCUCGUCAGAAACUCUCCGUCACGGAUCUAUCCUCAGUGCAUGGGACUUGGGUUAGGGAUCUGAGAGUAGAGCCACAUACUUGUAUGGAGGUUGAAGAAGGUGAUACGAUUAGGAUUGGUGGUUCAACAAGGAUCUAUAGGCUUCACUGGAUUCCUUUGAGCCGUGCGUAUGAUAUUGACAAUCCCUUUGUUUCACCACUUGAUGCGUCUACGGUGAUGGAGCAAGAAGAAGAGAAUAGAAUGAUUGAAGCAGAGAAUCUAGAGGUACCACAACAUCAGUCACUAGAGAAUACUGCAUCAGGUGAUGAUGGGGAUAUACAUCUGGAUGUGACUUCAGAAGGAACUGGAUCAUCAGUCCUUAGUGAGAAUGAGGAUGAGGAUACGUAUGUUACGACAAGGGAGAUGUCGUUGCCACUUGCGUCUCCAAGUGUUUUGACUCUAGCUGGAGAUUCUGUCAAGACACAAAAGAUGCAAUUCGAUGAAGAUUUGCAGACUUCGGCAAAGUUGGACUUAGCUGUUAUAGAAGCUGUAGAAGGGAAGCUAAGUAGCAGCUGUGGCUCAAGUAAGCAGCAGAGUGGUGGCUACGUGGAGGGAUUAGGUUGUUCUGAACUUUUUGUUGCUGCAGGGGCCCAUGAAUGCGAUGUCAGAGGAGAUGGAAGUUUGCAUCUGAAUGUGAUAUCAGAGAGGAUGGAACCAUCAGUGCCUAAUAUGACUGAAGCAGAAAAUCUAGAGGUUGCACAUCAGUCACUAGCGAAUACUGCAUUAGGUGAUGAUGGAGAUCUACGUCUGGAUGUGACGUCAGAAGGACCUGUAUCAUCAGUCCUUAGUGAAGAUGAGGAUAUAUAUAUUACGACAAGGGAGAUUUCGGUUCCACUUGCAUCUCCAAAUGUUUUGACACUGGUUAGAAAUUCUGUCAAGAUGCAAAAGCUACAAUUCAAUGAAGAUUUGCAGCCAUCAACAAUGUGGGACUUAGAUGUUGUAGAAGCUGCAGCAGAGAAGCCAAGUAGCAGCUGUGUCCUAGGUAAGCAGCAGAGUGGUGGCUACGUGGAAGGAUUAGGUUAUUCUGAACGUUUUGUAGCUGCAGAGGCUGAUGAAUGUGAUUUCAGAGUCAGAGGAGAUGGAGGUUUUCAUCUGAAUGUGAUGUCAGAGAGGAUAGAAUCAUCAGUGUCUAAUGAGGAGGAGGAUCCCUUUCUAGCGGAAAAGGAGACUACAUCGCUUCCACUCUCAACAGAUUCCAUUAAUCCAGAAACACUAUGGCUCACGGAAGAUGUUCAGGCUUCACCAGAGUUUUCCACAAGUAUUUUAGAAGCAAACGCCGAAAAUCUUAGUGGCGGCUGCUCCCCAAGUAAGGAGCAGAUUGAUGGCUGCUUUGAAGCCUCAGGUUGUUCUGCAUGUGAGUUGGCUGCAGAGGUUGAGAUUCUGAGCCUUCAUCGAGAAGUCAGUGAAGAAACUGAGUUUGUCACAAAGGAAGUAAUGGGAGUAUCUGCUGAACCACUAGCUAAAGCUGAUAUUCUGAGUCAAGAAGAAAAUGGAGAAACUAAGGGCUCAAGACAAGUUAUUGAAGUAUCCCCCAAUUCAUUCUCUCAAGCUGAGCCAACUUUAGAAACUUUAACUGGAAAAGCCCAAGGCCUAGUAGGUUCUGAAUUCCUGAGUGGAGUUGCAGUAGAGACUGAAAGUGAGAACCUACUACAUCAAAAGAGCAUUGGAGAAACAAAGGCUAAAAUUCGGAGUCACGGUGACUAUAAAGAAACUGAGUGCUCAUGUCCAGUUAUUGCAGUAUCUCCCAGUUCCGUCUCUCAACCUGAGCCAACUUUGGAAAUUUUAACUGAUGAAGCUCGAUGCCUCCUAGGUUCUGAAUUCCUAAGUGAAGUGGCAGUAGAGACUGAAAUUGAGAACCUACUACAUCAAAAAAGCAACGGAGAAACAAAGGCUGAUAUUCAGAGUCACGAAGACUAUGGAGAAAUUGAUAUCUCAAGGCAUGUUAUUACAGUAUCUCCCAAUUCCUUCUCUCAAGCUGAACAAACUUUAGAAACUGAGGUUUCAAGGCAGGAAGCCCGAGGCCUCGUAGGUUCUGAUUUUGGAUUCCAGAGUGAAGUUGCCAUCAAGACGGAAUAUGAGAACUUACUAAAUCAAAAAAGCAAUGGAGAAACCAAAGUUAGUUCAAGGCAAGCCAGUGCACUAGCUGAUUGUUUGUCCACUGGAAAAGAUCGUCUUUCAAGUAUCAGUACAGAAGAUAUCCAAAGUCUAUGCUCGAGUUGGCAGCCGCUUUCCGAGAGUGUAGCCGGGGCACCAUCUGAGAUCAGGAGUGAUGUGACUCCUGCAAGAGACCAGAAUCAAAAAUCAGGAAUGACCAGUGAGCCUGAAAAGAUAUUUGAUGAUGGGAGCAGCUCGUGCCUUUCUGAGGACCUUAAACAGAGAGAUACACAAAGUUUCUUGUCAACACCAAAUCAGAAACUCAAUGCAGAAUUGUUAAUUGGCUCUGGGAGAUCUGAAAAAUAUUACAGCCUAAGCGAAAUAGAGGGCGAAGAAAAUACUGACAUUGGAAGACUGUCUAGGUGUCCAAUUCCUUCGGCCUUGGCUGCAGAAUCAUUUGAGGAUACGAAACCGAUUGAAGAACUGUCUUCUGAUGAUACUGGAAGUCAAAAAAACCAGACCCCGCAAACACAUGCUGUUAAAGAUGAUGUACUGUCUGAGAUGGAUAGCUCAAGCACAUGCAACAUUUGGUCUAGGAGGGGAAAACCUGCUUCUGUUCUUCAGAUAAGGACCAACAAGAGUCAAGGAAAGCAAAAACAAAUUGGGAGACAACCAAAAGACAAGUUGCAUAGAAAACAGGCUCUAAGUGAAAAGUCUAUUUCUCUGACUGUUUAUCAUGGUGCAGAGAAUCUUGAACCAGAGAUCUUUACUCCUGACAAGGAGAAUCUCACCCCAAAUUCUCAUAUGUUGAGAAGAUUACAAGAUAUUGGUGACGUGAAAGAUAGCAAGAGCUCUUCAAAGCUUUCUGGAAAAUCAUGCUCGUCACUGGUUCAUUCCAGUAUUGCUAUUCUUGCUUCAGAGGCCUUCACAGAACCAGAAAUCUUUACCCCAGAUAAGGAGAAUCUUACCCCAAACUCUCAUAUGCUGAAACGUUUGCAAGAAUUUGGUGAUAUUAAGGAUACAAAAGGCUCCUCAUCUAAAGCAACACGUAAACCAUUCUUUGAUAUUCAUUUGGAAGAAAACGUGAUGGCAGAACAGAAACCAGAAGAUCUACACAGCAUGAGCAGCAAAUUAAAGGUGAAGCAUGAGCCCCUGGCACCGAAGAAGAAAGCUGAGCGGGCGCCUUUUCAACCUCUACUUGAAAAAUCUUCGUCCCAAAGUCAGUCAUACACUGAGGCUUCUUCUACUGCAUCAGCAAGGAACAACAUUUCUAGGGGCGUUCGUUCUUCUUCUAUCCUUUCUGAUGGAAAGAGCAAGAUGAAGUGGACCAUUGUUGUGGAUACUUCUUCACUCCUCGACAAGGAGUCUAGGAAGCCACUGCACUUACUACAAGGUCUCAAGGGGACACAUCUGGUUUUACCAAGAACAGUUUUAAGGGAAGUAAAUGAGGUGAAGCGCAGUCGCAGUUUUCUCUUCAGAAGAAGAACAGAGAUGGCUUCGUCAGCUCUGGACUGGAUCGAAGAGUGUAAGGUUAAUACAAAAUGGUGGAUUCAAGUCCAGAGCCCAUCAGAGGAAACCAAAGCAACUGCACCAACCCCACCAGUCACUCCUCAGUCAAAUGGCUCAGCAUUCCCAUUUUCACUUCACUGGAAUAACUAUGCACCAGAGAUCGAUUCUCCUACAUCAGAAGAUCAAGUUCUAGAAUGUGCUCUUCUUUAUCGAAACCGUAACCGUGACGAAAAACUCGUUCUUCUUAGCAACGAUGUAACUCUCAAGAUCAAAGCCAUGGCAGAGGGUGUGAUUUGCGAGACGCCACAAGAGUUCUACGAGAGUUUGGUUAAUCCGUUCUCCGAGAGGUUUAUGUGGACAGAGAGCACAGCGAGAGGACGAACUUGGAGCCAUCUAGACGAUGUCGUCUUGAGAGAAAGGUUGAAUCUCAAUCGCGAUUCCCAAUUGGGGAAUCUUUCGUCCUCUUGUUGUUCUAUGGCUAUAUGGCGUAUAAUCAAUCGUUCGUGCCUCAAAUACGCAACAAACCAGUUAACCAGAAACUACUACACUCAAGUUUGUCUUGCUACUACUCAUGUCGUGAAACAGACAACAAAGUUGUCUUCUUUUGACAUCCUCAAUUCAGAUAUCUGUACGAGACCUUCUAAUAUCUUCCAAAAUCUCAGAUUCCUUGCCACUUCAGCUCAGACAAGGAAGAAGGAAGCGGAAGUUGACUCUGAUGGUCCACGUCUCAAUGAGAAGAUUACUGGCGAUUAUGUUAGAUUAGUUUCCGAGGAAGGACACUGUGUUGUAUCUCUGAGAGAAGCUCUCAGACGGGCUAAGGAGCUCGAGUGUGACUUAGUUGAGGUGCAGAGAGAUGCUAAGCCACCUGUGUGUAAAAUUGUAAAAUACUCGUUGGAGCAAUACAAAAAGGCUAAAGUAGGAAAAGAGCGUGCUAAGGCCAAGCGGGCUGAAGCUAUUCGACCUGAAGUCAAGGAAAUUCGAUUUACUCCAAAAAUUGAGGCUAAGGACCUAAAGUUUAAAUCUGAUCAAGCAUUGAAGCUGAUGGAAAGUGGAUAUCGUGUAAAGUGCAAUGCAGUGCCUGACAAGGACAAGCAUAAGGAACUUGAACCAGAAAAGCUGCUUGAGUUAUUAUUUCGCUUCACUUGUUAUAUUGGGGAUGCACUUGUGGAAUUUGGGCCAGAGGCAGAUAGAAAAAGCGCAGUUGUGAUUGUUAGACACGCCAAGUUUGGCCCACCCAAGAAAGGAGGGGUGAAAAAGUUGAAGGAUAUUGACAUAAAAUCUGCAAGAGUGAAAGAAGAAAAGUCUGAUAGCUCGGAGGCCGGAGAGUCUACUGUUGAUGAUCAUGGAGAUAUAGAGAAGUGUGAACCUGGUUUCAGUGUUGAUCAGGCUCAACCAGUUCAGGUCCAGAACACGUACGCAAAAAGAGAACCUGGCAGUGAGUUUUCAGGAGGUAGAGAUGCAAGCCGGUUUGAACCUCGGUCUCCAAACCAGCAUGUAAACCCACAACGUCCUCGGUUUCAAGCUCCAAAUCAACAACCUACUGGGCGGAUUGAUCCUCAGUCUCCAAACCAGCCUCCAAGUGCACCAAGGCCUCAGUUCCCAAACCAACAACCUACAGGGCGGUUUGAUCCUCAGUUUCCAAACCAGCCUCCAGGUCCACCACGGCGUCAGUUCCCAGACCAAGCUCCAAAUCAGCAACCUACAGGGCGGUUUAAUCCUCAGUUUCCAAACAAGUCUCCAAGUCCACCACAGUCUCCGUUCCCAGACCAAGCUCCAAAUCAGCAACCCUCUGGGCCAUCUCCAAACCGCCACAUAGACCGGCAAGGUCCUCCACCUCGAUUUCAAAACCAAGCUCCAAAUCAACAACCUACUGGCCGGUUUGAACCUCAGCCACCAAACCCACCCCGAGCUCCACCACGUCCACAAACCCGGUUGCCAAACGAUACUCCACCUACGGCCCCUGGAAGAUCUGGUGGCCCGGCAUCAAGUUAUGGGAUUUUCAGCACCCCAAAAACGAAGUAGAACAACCAAUUUAUUAAACCCAUAGAGUUGCAAAAUUUUUCUGAUACUUUACUUGGGAGAUUUGUUCAUGGCUCAUUAUUUUAUGUGUAACUAAUAAUAGUCCAUGCAUACACAUACACUUGUAACCCUCAUUCAAGUUUUGUUUAGUCAGCACCACUCUCAAUAAUCUAUGAACAACAAG